AAACUUUCAAAGCCUUGAAGUAGGGCAAAGUUACGAAUGUAUUGUAACUUAACAAUGUUUUCGUACAAAACUGUUGUACCGGUGGGGUAAUUACUGAAAAUUUGGGAACCCCUCAUGAGGGGGUCUUAUUGGAGUGUUUUCAACGCCCAGGAAAUUUUAUAUUUUCCAAAACUCGAUAACCAUUCUUCAUUGUAACGCAAGUGUAGAUCCCACCUCAGAAGUUCGUUCGUCCGCUACACUGCUAUAGCCGAUUUUAGGACUGAGCGCAUGUCAGCACAAGUCAUUUGUGUUCCUGAGGAAGGAACUACCAGUUAGGUUAGCCAACAUCAUGAAGGAGAUACGGCUGUUGCCAGACAAUUUGUUGCGCAUGCCAAGUGUCAACCUUGUCAACGACUGGUAUGUGCGCAGUUUUGAGGAGAUAUUGGAGUAUGAGAAGACAGAUGCCAGUGACGAAGUGUUGGACAGGUUCUGUCAGGGAUUGGUAAAGAUAAGAAACCGCCACACAGACGUGGUGCAAACAAUGGCACAGGGUGUGUUAGAACUGAAGGAGUCUCAUAAAAUAGACCACCAGGUAGAGAACAGCAUCCAGUACUUUCUGGACCGAUUCUACAUGUCGCGCAUCAGCAUCCGCAUGCUCAUCAACCAGCACACGCUGUUGUUUGGUGGACAGCUAAAUGACAGUCGUCAUGUGGGCUGCAUUGACCCGCAGUGUGACCUGGUAGGUGUCGUGAAGGAUGCGUACGAGAAUGCAAGGUUUCUAUGUGACCAGUACUACCUCGCUUCACCAGACCUCAUAGUCAAGGAACACAAUGGCUUGGUGGCGAAUGGUGAGCUAGAUGGCACACAGGAGUGCCAUGACCAGGGUUCAGAGCUCGAACAUGGUGUGCCAAUCAAGAUAGUGUAUGUCCCCUCACACCUCUACCACAUGCUGUUUGAGCUGUUCAAAAAUUCAAUGCGGGCUGUCAUUGAGCACCACGGCUCGAAUGCGGAGCACCAUCCUCCAAUAGAGGUCACCGUCGUAAGAGGCAGAGAGGACAUCUGUGUCAAGAUGUCAGAUUUAGGUGGGGGCAUUCCCCGCAGUCAGACAGAUCUGCUCUUCAACUACAUGUACUCCACUGCACCGCAGCCUCCCAAAUCCGAUGCCCACACUGUACCACUGGCCGGAUAUGGGUAUGGCCUCCCCAUCGCUCGUCUCUACGCUCGCUAUUUCCAUGGCGACCUCAUCUUGCUGUCAUGUGAAGGCUAUGGGACAGACACCAUCAUCUACAUGAAGGCCCUGUCAAAUGAAGCCAACGAACUGCUACCGAUUUUCAACAAGACGUCCACCAAGCACUAUCGUGCAACAGUUUCAACAGGUGACUGGAGUAACGCGAAUUCUUCUAUGGGAAUCCGCCACAUGACUACCACUAAGCCUCGCAGACAGACUAGGAAGCAGAAUGAAACCAUGCAUGCACAGUGCUAACCCCCAGUGCCAUUAGCUAAUUUUGGACCUAGUUUUGUGUCGCUCAGGACUUCGCUUUACACAACAAGACUGCAUUGAAUAGUCUUGAGAACGUGAAGCAUGUCUAUGAUGAACAUGUAGCGCAGGCAUACAUAAUUAUGUUAGUGCCACUAAUACAUUUCAGUAACUGAUUUCAAUUAUUGUUUUCCCUCUCAUUUUGUCUAGAAUUUUCACUUAUUUUCAGAGAAAAUAUGCCACGUGAUGGCUUUCAAAAUGGCUAUAAUGCUUAAUUUCAUUCUUUACAGCUACAGAGUAUUUUAUUCGUGAAAUGUUCGAGUGACAUCUCCAAGUGGAAUUUGUGAUGCUGUUAACGUGAACGUGGCACUACAAUUUUGAACUGUAGGAUCAUAUUUGUGAGCGACGACUCUCACAAGCUUCAGUCACAGCACCACGACAACAUGUAACACUAUAAUUUUACACUGCCUGUACUACAUGUAAUGAAAACUGGGCCCAUAUCUCCUUCAUGUUGUUGGCACUGGAGGUAGACUUUGUACAGAUAUUUAGUCAAGAAUAUUUUUUGUUUUCACACUCUCCUUAUGUUGACCCUCCAGCAAAAGCCCUGCUGUAAUAUUCAAUACGUUAUUUCAGUUUUAAUGACUUCACAAUUACUACUCAUUAAUAAUCGACUAGCUAUAAGAAAGUGCUAAUGGCCUAUUUCAAAAAUUAAAAAAGCUAUAGAAACUGCUGUGGACAUAUCAAUACCAUCGCACAUUCCAUUUUGAGAACAUUGUACCUCAUGUUACAAUGUCUACACUGGACUCAGAAGUUCUUGUCCAUCUUUCUUUUAAUGCUGUACAAGUGCGUGAGGUGUAGUUGGGUUUAAGAUAGAAUAACAUGCACCACGUUUGUUUGGUUCCGUUUUAUUAUUACAUUACUGCGGCUACGAGCAAACCUGGACGUCACGACUAAGGACUGUCACUGUUCAGUUACAGGCAGCGAGAAAUGUUACGAAUAUUAGCACGAUUUUUGUCAGCCUGCCCUUUAUAUUUCCUCAUGGCUUAGAAAUAAACUGAGAAACAUCACACGUAUUGAGGUCAGUCUUCCUGUAACACAGCUGGAGGGUUGAUGGAUGGGUAGCGGAGAUUUGCACGGUCAGAUUCAUUUACCAGGAGGACGACGAUCCGUGAAUCCCUGAAGUUUCAGGGAUCAAAUAUGCAGAUGAUCAUGUUGUAUGGUAGCAUAAAUCUCAUGAAUUGUAUAUAAUUAAGUCCAUCAAGAUUCAUUAUUCACAGGUAUGAGGUUUUCAGGUCACAAAAAAGUCUGUGGGCUGAGCAAGAAAAGGAAUUUUAUGUUUCCUUUUAUCAUCUCAAAUAAUAUUACCCUAGAAAAAAGAGUAUCUAUGUUGAGUUAGAAGAUGCAGAGACUUUGCCAAGUACUGUAUCAAAAGAGGCCUGAAUUCUGAACGUCUUUUUGAACAGUCUGUCUGACACGAAGGGUUCCAAGCAUGUUAUUAUUAUGAUUUAUUUACUGCAAUUUGGUCUGCACCCGGUGGCAGUGGUUAUGAAAUAACCUUUUCCGUAUUAUUUUCAUUAUUAAAUUAUUGCAUGGAAUACUUACUCCUCUCAUACAUUCUAAAAGCUAAGCCAUUUCUACCUCUUUAACUUGUUUUCAGCCACUUGUGAACUCUGUCCUAUUAAAAAAAAAAACUUUUUCAGUUUAUCAUGUAGUCUUUGUGCUCAAACUGAAUUUUUGUGAAAUUUCUCAGAAACUAUGUGACAUUUCAGGUUUUCAUACUGGUGUAGAUUUGGACUAUUGAAUGAGACAGCGAGAGUAAUUUUCACAUACAUUUUUAAACACAGAUUAUUCACAGCAGUUGAUCAGGAUUUCUCAGUGAGAUAUCACAUUGAUAUUAUGAAAAUUGUUUGUAUGUAUUUAACAUCCCUUACACAAAUUUGAGAUUUAUUGUAUUCAUUUCAAACAAAAUGUUACACAAAAUAAUGAUUAUGCAAUCAACAGAACUUUUGCACAUUGUAGGAGGUCUCCCCCCCCUCCCCAAUAACUGCUGUUAUGUAGGAUUUGAGGUUUUCACAGCGGUGAGUCCGAAGAUUGACGUCUUCUGGGUUGUUGCGCCGUGCAGCGAUCGCCGUGAUGACGCAGACAGUAUGACCUCUGAAACUGUGGAAAUACAGCAGACUACAUGGCGUAACAACCCAGAAGACAGCAAUCUUCAACUGCUGUUAUGUUUUGACUUUGAAACCUCAUACUAAAGUCAAACUUUAAUGUGAGAUUUGAAGUUCUUAGGGUGAAGAUGUUGAUGUUGGUAUUCUGGAUUGUAAUGUUGUGUGGACUUACAGAUAUAUACCAGUGUUUCAGAGACUGUUAAAUUUUACACGAAGCCAAAGAUAGAUAAAUUAACUUUGUCCGAGCCUUGUUUAAAAAACCUAAAACCAUCAGAUAUUUUGUAAAUCUACUCUGUUUCAUUGAACUUGUUAUUUUAUAUGUUGUAUAUUACGUGGUAUGUUAUAUCAUCACAUUACAGGCAUGUGUAUAUUGUCUUACGCCGCCAUCAGUGCUGUUAUUGUUUUCAAGCAUACGUUAACAUGUUUUUUCAUUCUUAUUUCAUAAUAAAUUUUAUGGUCUGUU